AUGAACAACACGGAUCUCAACUCCGGCGGGUUUCUCGGGUCACAAAACAUCAGCGGAUUCGGAUACGGGAUCGGAAUAUCAGUCGGGAUGCUUUUACUCAUCACAACAAUCACAUUAGCAUCUUACUUUUGUAACCGAACCACACAAACCUCACCAUCACCGUCAGUAGCUCAAAUCCGGGCGCAGAGAAAUAGUCUGGGUGCAGCCCUGGGUCAGCCUGACUCAACCCAUUGCGUGGUUGAUGUGGGUAUUGAUGAUGAAACACUUUUGAGUUACCCCACUAUGCUUUACAAAGAUGCAAAGAUCAAGAAAAGGGAUUCAGGAUUUUCAACAUGUUGUUCUAUUUGUUUGGGUGAUUAUAAGGGGAGUGAUGUUCUUAGACAACUUCCCGAUUGUGGUCACCUUUUUCAUGUUAAAUGUGUUGAUCCGUGGUUGCGGUUGAACCCCACAUGCCCGAAUUGUCGAACGUCUCCAUUACCGACCCCACUCUCGACCCCUUUGGCAGAGGUGGUGCCACUUGCAAGAAGACGAGAUUGA